AUGCCUGCCCUAGCAUCGCAGACCCUGGCAGACCCCGGCGCGGCUACAGGUGUCCCCCAAGCCCUUAGACCCGUGGAAGUUACGGUUGUGGGUUCUGGUUUCGGGGCGGACACCACAACUUCCGGCGCCGCUGGGCUGUGGGGGCCGUACAAACUGUCCGACACCCCAGAGCAUCUAAUCAAUCGCUGGGGGGCCAGCACGUACGACCAUCUUCUACAGUUGGCUCAUUCCGGUCUAGCUGACGUGGCUGGCGUGUCCAUGGUUUCCGUCAACAGCCUGUUUCCCAGUCCCCAGGAACCCCCCUUCUGGCGUCACAUUCCGCUCAGCUUCAGCCUCAUGGACAAGCGCACCCUGGCUGGACUGUCCAGAUCUGGAUCCAAACUCAUCUGGGGAUAUCAAUGGAACUCCAUUGUGUGCGAGGGCUCCCGCUACUUACCCUGGCUGACAGAUCAGAUACGCGCCCUGGGUGGUCGGCUACUGCGGGUUUCCUCCCGCCUUGCCUCCCUGGAGCAGUUGAGCUGCCCCGAGGUGCUGGGUACGGCAGCUGCAGCUGACGUGGACUGUGUGGUCAACGCCGCGGGACUGGGCUCCCUGGAGCUCAUACCCGAUCCCGCGGUGGCGCCCAUUCGGGGUCAGGUCGUUAGGGUGGAGGCCCCCUGGGUUAAGGAGGCCUACUUCUACGAGCCGUACUACAUCAUUCCGAAUAGGGACACUGUCGUACUAGGCGGUACAGGUCAGCGAGGCGACUUCAACCUGUCCGUCUGCCCCAAGGACCGCCAAGACAUUCUGGAGGGCUGCUGCCGCCUGCUGCCCUCCCUUCGAUCCGCACGUCCCGUAGCCGACUGGGUGGGGCUGCGACCCGGAAGGACGUCUCUCAGACUGGAAAUGCAGCCGGAGGGAGGAGGGGGACGCGGGAGGGCUGUGCCUGUGGUCCACAACUACGGGCAUGGCGGUGCAGGUUUGACGUUAGCGUGGGGGUGUGCGGGGGACGUCGUACGGCUGAUUGCGGAGGCGGGGUUGCUGGAGUGA